AUGGAAGUACUUCGAGGGACAAUGUUGACUACCACCCGAAACGAACGAACAGACAAUUACAGUCCGACGGGCAAUCCGCAUCUAGCCAGAAAGAUAUCCACCGAACGCCACUACGUCGGAGCUGUCGAUCGACGUAUCUCGCGCUACAAUCGGGUCAAACCAGUCGGAACGGCACUCGGAAGAAGGGACAACGUGCAUGCUAAGUGCGGACCAAAACCAGCAGGGAUUGGCCAACAGAAAGAGGCAUGA